GAAGGAAUUUUCUGUAACAGGAAAGAGAAGAAGUUGUUAUCCAAUCCACCUCAUAUCACAGAGCUCAACAAAACCGAAAAUGGCGACGCUACCAUUCUCCACUCUACCACUUCCAAAGUCGAAUCCAUUAUUCUCUCCAUCCUCCUUCAAGCCACACGCACAUCCAUAUCUCCGCUUCGUCGUUCGAGCCACCGGCGACGAUUCCGCCUCGGAAACUGAAGAAGAAGCGGACGCCCAGACAACCGGCGACGCGGACGACUUCGACUCGCGCCUCUCCAACGUCCGUAUUCGGUACCGGAGCGGCCUGGGGAAGAAAGCAGAGCGCAGGAAGGCUCGGCAAGGGAAGAAGGUGGCGUCGGAAUCGGGAUCGGGAAUGUACCUCCCGCCGGUGCCGCUGCGGGAGGCGGUUUCCGAAGGGCUGAGUGUGGAAUUCGGGUUCAGCCCGUUUUCGGAACGGGUUAACGGGCGGAUUGCGAUUCUGGGCAUAACCGCUUUGGUAUUGGUGGAGCUGGCGACGGGUCAGGGCGUUAUAAAGUAUCAUACGCCGGCGAUAAUUCUAAUUCAGGUUUACUUCGUGGCGGCUGUGGCGGCGUUGUAUGUUAAGUACGAGAAGGAAAAAGUUAGUGUGUGGCCAUCAGAGAAAUGAAAAUCAUCGUGCCUUUAAUUUAUUUUUUUUCCAGCAAAAUUGUGAAAUUGCCUUAUUAUGUUAUAUAUAUUCCAAUGUUUUAUAUUUUUUUUUGAAAACCUCCAAUGUUUUAUAUUAGUUUUAUACAUAAUCAUGGUCGAGCUCUAGUACUAGUAACUACAGUGUGAGAGGAGUUUCACCUCUCGACUCUUGUGAGCAUUAGGUGAUCCUCUCAAACUGUUAAAUCACUGUAAUUUACUCUUUUACAAUUCUACGAGUCUGGGAUUAAAGGCGAUUUUACCUUA